AUGGAUGAUGUAUCUAAUUUCUAUACCAAAGCUUUAAAUAAUGGGAGGAAUUUUAGUUGGGUAUUUCUAGUAAACUGGAUUCUCACAGUCAUUCUGAUAUCCAGCGUAACCUUUUAUCUAGGUAGAUCAUUAGCAUAUCUCCUCAGUUUUCUAUUGGAAUGGAUUCUGUGGAAACAUGCCAAAAUAAAAAUAAAUUUUCAGUCAUUUAGAAUAAGUUUCCUGGGAGGGAGAAUAUUUUUUAAGAAUUUAACUAUUAUUGAUAAAGAUUAUACCAUAUCUUUUUUAGAAGGUACAAUAACAUGGAGAUAUUGGCUUUAUAGAACUAGAAAUCCUCAAUUUAUUGAAGAAUUAAUCCAAAAAUAUAAUAUAGAAGAUAAUAUAUUGAAGCAAAACGAAACAUUACCAUGUAGAUUUGUUUUGGAAUGUGAGGGUUUAGAAAUUUUUAUUUAUAAUAAAACGAUAGCUUUUGACAAUAUUUUGAAUGAUUUACCUAAGGAUGAAAGACUAAAAUUUGAACAAUAUUUAAAUGAGAAAGUUUUCAAGAACAGCAGCAAUCACAAUGAUAUAAAUAACAGUAAAUCAAAUAAGAAUUCCAACAAACCAUAUUCUUCAAGUGAUUCUUCUAAUAGUAGUGACUCAAACAACAAAUUCAAUCAUGGGACUACAUCUUCUGAAGAAACAGAAUCAUAUUCAAGUGAAUCAUCUACCUCAAAUAAUUCACCAAUUAAUGAUAGAAUAUUUCAGGAACAAGAAUCUAAAAACGAUAUUCUAUUACAAUCAUUCCCUUUUGAAGUAAAAGUUAAUCAUACUGCAGUAGUUAUCGGUAAUAAAUUUACACCAUCUUUAAUGGUCUUAAGUGCUGAUAACGCAAAAGGUAUAUUGGAUUAUUCUCAAGCCCAUUCUAAAUUAGAUUUAUACAAAAAUAAAUUUACUUUAGAUUGUAAAAAUUUUAAUAUGUCACUGAGACAAAACAUUGGAUAUAAUAAAGAUGACACAUUUAAAUUUAAAAUAGACAAAGGUAGAAUAUCAAAAGUUUGGAGAAAAUUCAUUAAAAUUUCCGGUAAUAUGUUAACACCUUUAAAUAAGAAGGGAUACAACAAAAAACCGUUAGAUUCAAAUGCAGCAUUUCAAGAAAAAUGGAAAGGCUUAUUGAUAUAUAGGGAAAAUAUGUUUGCUAUGGAUAAUAAUGAUAUAGAUGACAUUGAAUUUAAUUUUGCUGCACAUGAAUAUGCUAAAUUUACAAAUAUCGUCAAAUGUCCCAGAAUUAUCUUUACGUAUAGUUUCGACAUACCUGGUUCUGUUCCUCAUGGUGCACAUCCAACCAUUGAUAAAAAUAAAGGUCCAGAUAUUGGUAAUAGUGGUUCACCACCCGCCCUUGAACUUGAUAUAGAGUUAUAUGGCGGUUCAAUUUGUUAUGGUCCCUGGGCACAAAGGCAGAUUGAAUAUAUUAAAACUCUAUUUAGUCCAGUUUUAUCUCGGUCACAAAACCCUACCCCAAUUUUAAAACCAGGUGAUAAAAGGGUGUAUACACAAUUCAAAAUAUCAUUUAAUGUGAUGGAAGAAAUAACGUGGAGAAUACCUACGAGAGAAUCUAGUAAAGAUGCGGAAUUUUUAAAACAUUAUAAAGAAACAAAUGAUGAUUAUAGAUCCUUUGGUUGGUUAGACUUAAAAUUUUCUCAAAACUCAUCUGCUUUGAUAAGUAUCGAUCUUUGUGCAACAAAAUCAGGAUCCAGUAAUAUAAUCAAUAUUCUAUUUGAACAAACUGAAAUUCGAACUAGUGUCAACCAUGAUAUAUUCAUGAAAGCAAAGGCUUUAACAUUUGAUAUUUCUUUAUUAUAUCCAUUAGGAUGGAACGACAAGGCGAUAACAACCAUAGACGUUUUAUCAUCACAGUUAGAAACUUUUAUUCUAAGAGAACAUAUUACGCUAAUUGCAGACAUUUUGUCAGACUUCAGUUCCGGUGAACCUACUCCAUAUGAGCUAUUCCGACCAUUUACUUACAUCAUUAACUGGAAGAUUGAUGGAUAUUCCAUCUACCUAAAUGUCAAUGAUCACAAUAUUGUUAACAACCCAUUAGAUUUUAAUGAAAAUUGUUAUCUUUCCUUUCAUGGUGAUAAUAUUUACAUAGAUAUUUCUACCUCUACUGAUAGUCUUGGUCAGAGAUCUUCAAAUAUAAUUUAUUGUAUAAAAACUCCAAUGUUCAGACUGUUAUUAAAUGCACCCCCAUGGAAUACUUUAAACGAAUUUAUGAAACAAAAAGAAGUGGGCAGAUCAUAUUGUUUUAAAGCCAAGGAAAAUUAUUUAAUAUAUAAUGACUUAGAUGUGGAUAAUGUUGAUAUGGUUACUAUAGAAUGUACCAGUAAAAAUACUUUGCUUUAUUGUUAUGGCUUUGUUAUUAGAUAUCUGAUAAAUGUAAAAAUGAAUUAUUUUGGUGAUUUUUUUCAUUUUGUUACAACUGAAGAAUACACAGGUGAAAUUAAUAUAAAAUCUUCAAAUGAGAUAUCAAAUCUUCAGGAAGAUAGUAAAAGUAACAAUUCCUUCAGUACUAAAUCUUCAAUAUCUAUUAAAGAUACGAGCCAAACGUUAACUGCUAAUGACAUGAAGAGAACUACAAAUGAAACUGAUCUUUGGCUAACUUUUUCUGUUUUUGAUGGAGCUUUAAUAUUACCAGAGACUAUCUAUAAUUGCGACCCUGUAAUUGCUUGUCAUUUCAGUGAGUUAAUGAUUGAUGUUAGAAGCUCUAAUUACUACAUGGAUCUUCUCACAUCCAUAGAGGACAUUUACUUUAGACGAUAUAUAGCAAAACAAGCACAUAAUAUUUUUGAUAUUGUAAGAGAUAAUAACGGAAACAAUAUUAAACAAGAGGGUUAUCUUUCUAAUAUAACUAUUCAUGGUCACAGAAUGUACGGAUUGCCACCAUCCGAGCCUACCUAUUUUUGUAAAUGGGAUUUCGAUUUAGGAGAAUUUAUUAUUAAUUCAGGAAUUAAUUUUUUGAAAGGCUUUAUAACAUCUUUUCAAAAGAUUGGCUUUGGUUUUAGUGAUUUAGAAAAUGUCUUAUUAUAUGAAGCAGACGUCGUAGAUGAUAUGACUUCUCUAACUAUAAACAUAAAACAAAUUCUAAUUGCCGUACGUGAACCUGAAUCCAAAACAAAAUUAUCCAUAAAAAUAGAUGGAUUUAAUUUUGGAAGAAUUGACUUUGAGAAUAAAAAGUAUUCGACAAGAUUUGAUAUGAGGAUACCAAACAUACACAUUUCAUUAGUCGGGGCAGAUGAAAAUAAAAACGAAAUAUCAUACUUUGAAUUUGAAACACAAGUAAACUUUUCCAACUUUUGUAAAUCUUGCAAUCUUAACCACCAUAGAGAGAUACAAAUCGAUUAUAUUACCAAAAAUGAUGCACCAUUUCGUCGUUGCCCAUUUUUGUUGCCUGAAGAUAAGCAAAACUCUCAUAUAUACAAAACGUUACAAGGGUCGAUUGUACCAUCAUCUUCUCUUCCACCACUUCCAAUACCUAUAGUUGAACAAACAAUAAAAUAUGUUGUAUCAAACUUUUUCGGAAAUGAAGAGUAUUAUGAAACUCAUAAAUCAAUUUUUAAUAAAUAUUUUACUAAAAACGAACUUAAAGAUAAGCUACCUCAUAAAGACCUUGAUAAAUUGGAAUCUUCCAUAUUUUUUCAAACAGAUGAGGAGAAUUGUAACUGUAAUAAUUAUGUUAUUGACACAAAUUAUGUUUCCAUUGUUGUUGACCCUAAGACAUUAAGCUUCCUUGAGAGUUUCCUGGUUGAUUUUUAUAAUGAUGACAUGGAACAAAUUAUGGAUAGUAUUGAAAUUGGUAUCGUCAAAACUUUGAGUAAAAUACAAGAGGGUAUAUCAACAAUUAAUAAUAUAAAAUUUAGAAUUUUAUCUUUAGAUUUAUUUUGGGGUAAAAGGCAAUCUGGUGGCCUUGAAUUAUAUCUUAAUUCUAUUGAUUUUGAAAUGAAUGAAAAGUCCAUAGAGAAAGAUCGUGAAAAAAUUCUAGCAGAAGUCGCUGUAUUGUUAAAAAUGAAAUCAAUUAGAGCAACGAUUAAUUCUAAAUAUGAUGGAGGUAUAGAAGAAGAACUUCCGCCAGCAUUGUCAUUUAUGAUUGAAGAUCUAAAUUUUUGGUCAACCAUGAAAGAAAAACAACUAAACUCUAUUAACGUUGCAUCAAUGGAUAUAACAAUAGAUGAAACUCAAAUAGUCUGGUUAUUUACAUUUUUUGGUGUUCAGAAAGAAUAUAUUGAAAAAGCCAUUACAACUUUUGAAGAUGUACAAAAAAAGCGUUCUGCAUCUCGAAAAGAGGUUAUUUCAAGAGUGACGGCUGCUGGUGAUUAUUAUCAAAUUAGUCACGAUCCUUAUGUGAUAACAAAACCAGCAUUUAUUACAAGACUCUCAAGAGGUCAUGUUCGUGAGAAUAGAAGUUGGAAAAUUAUCACUAGAUUGCGUCAUAUUAUUACAUAUCUUCCUGAAAACUGGAAUAGUGCUGUUACCAAACAUCUACAAAAAAGAAAGUUUGAUGUAUCUCAAGAUGCUAAAAAUAUUUUCAUGUCUGUUUUUUCAACCUGGAGAAACUGGGAGUUCUCAGAUAUUGCACGUUCAUAUAUAUAUGGUAAAUUAUUUUUAGUAAAUCAGUCAGAGAAGCAAAAAAAGGCAAUGCAAAUGUUCACAAGACUAGACAUGACAUCUCUUUAUGUCACCAUCUACACUGCAGGACAGGGUGUUGACCAUAAUUUUAUCAUAACAAAUUCAAAUUUUAUAAUUGAAAAAACACCACCAUUCACAGUUUCAGGAAUUACUAGAGAAAAAGUUAUAAACAUCACAGCUAAUUUGGGAAAGAUCAAGGGAAAGGUAAGCGAUAAAAUGUUCAAAAUUGAAAGUUUAAUUGCCUUAUUAAAAGAAGAGGAAGAGCCUGCUUUAAAACGUAUUAAUACAAUACGAAAAUCUUUUAAAGUUAAUAUUGCUGCUAUUUUUGAAUCCUGUGAUCUUCUUUUUGUUUUUGGUAAAACUGAACUUUCCUUGCUAAUAUCAUCAGGUAAAAUAAGUGCACUUCUAGAAACUCCUAAGGAAUCAGUAAGACAAGGUGGUUCUGCCAUUUUAUAUGCAGGUAGGUCUGAACUAUCACUACAACACAAUCAUAAAUUGUUAUUAGAAACUCAAAUUACAAAUUUAUCUGUUAUAUUUGUGGCUGAAUCUCUGAAUUAUAAACCCAAUAUUUUAACAAACAUACAAUACAAUGAUAUACAUAUUCGAAUCAUGCCAGAAACUGACACAGUAAUUCAAUUUAUCAAAGAUUUAAAAAAUAAAGUGGAUGACGUGAAGGAAAACUUUCAUUUUACAAAAAAACAUAAUAAGGCAAAUACAAGAACGGAAAAGACAGUUUCUUUGAUAAAUGCAGAUAUCACAUGCAUAUUUUCUAAUAUUAGUGUUGAACUAAUGCCUCUUUCACCAUUUCAAUACAGACAGGAAACCAAAAGAUUGGAAGUCUCCUUCAAUUUCCAAAGAAUGCAAAAUUUUGAGAUAACUAUUCAAGAGUCUGAUUUGUAUUUGGGCUCACAUUUAACAAAACAACAAUAUCUUCGUUUAUCUCUGGGGAAUGUUAAUCUAAAAGGAUCAAGUAGUCUGACUCCAAAUAUUGUUAUAAAUGCUGAAAUAGUUGCUUCUGUAGUUAAGUUAACAUUGUCCGAACCUCAUAGGUUAUUGAUUAGUUUUCUUCAAGAUGAGCGUGUAGCUUCCUCAAGUUUAAAAAAACUCCUAGCAUUGAAGACACUAUUUGCUCCUACUUCCAAAUCAUCAUCUGCUAAUGAAACAAAACCUACUGCUAGGAUCCAAUGGUCUCUAGAUACAAAUGUACAAUAUUAUGGUAUUUUAAUCCCCAUUUCGACAACUUUUUUUGUUAUGGAAAUCCAUCAGCUAUUAAUGUCUUUAUCGGAUACAGGAUUAAAUGAAGCUGGUAAUAAUUCAAAAGAACUUUCUGGACAUUUAUCUAUAGAAAACAUACUAAUUCUUAUCAAAGAUAGAGGUAUACCAUCAUCUCUUUCAAAAAUGGUAGACCUAUCUUUGAAGUUAUCAACCAUCCAAAAACCUCUUGAAACUCAACAGUCAUAUCAAAUCGAAAGUCCCCAUUUUAGAAUAUGCCUGUCGCCAUAUCUACUUGUCCGUUUACUCUGGGGUGGUAACCAGUUGAUGGUAUUAUAUCAACACUAUACUACACAUCAUCCGAAAAAUUUAUGGGAUUUUCUAUCUUCAACAGAUAUCCAUUCAAAUGAUAAUAGUUCAAGUUCACUUUUGAGUUUAUUAAAAUUAAGUUCAUGCCACAUAUUAUCAUACAAUUUUUGUAUUGGUUGGUUGUUUCAUAAAAACAACCACGAAACCAAUCCUGGUCUUAUCAUUGGUUAUAAUAGGCUAUUUUCUGCAUUUGAAAAUAAUUGUGGUAAACUUACGGUAGUAGAUGCGUUUUUUGCAGUAGCGAAUGGUAAUACAUCAGAUAAUUUUUAUUCUGAUGGAACUGAAAAAAGUACAUUUAAUAGAAGCUUUCUUCCAAAUCUUCAAAUCCUCUACUGGGUUAAGAAUGUUGGCAAACUAAAAGAUAUAUUUAUCCGUCUUCAUGGGGAAUCAUUGGAUGUUAACUUCUUAAAUACAUUUAUUAAUGUUAUUGAGUCUACAUUACAAUCAAUACAGGUGUUUCAAGAUCUGAACAGAUUAUUAGUCCAUCCGUUAAACAGUCAUGUUAAUGAAAGUGUGAAUAAUGAUGAAAAAAAUAAAUCAAGUGUAAAGGAUAUUGCGCCAUUUCUAUCUAACAUUAGAAAAAUCAACUGCCAAGUAAAAUACGAUGGGGGUGUGUUUAAAAUAUACUCAGCAGAUGAUGCCAAAUCAAAUCUUGAACCUUCUUUGGAAUUUAAAAGUCCGGGUGUUACCGUUAAUAUUGACUAUAAAAUAGAUGAGCAGAAUAUAAAACCUCAUUGGAUAAGGACUUUAAUUAAAAUUGAACCCACUCAUAAUAUUUUAUUUUCGAAAUGUGCACCAUUACUUAAUAAUUUUUCAACAGAUAUUCAAAAUAUGGUAAGGCGUCAUAGUUCUAAAGGCAAACUAACACCCAAAGUUCAGCCUUUAAAAUCUUCGUCACAAACCAUUGAUUACAAGAAAUUAUUAGGGGCAUUUGAUAUAUUUUUUGAAAUACAGUCCUCUAAACAAAAAUUAAGCUUAAGCUGUGAACCCAAGGCAAAAGUACAGGCUGAUAUUGGUUUUGACUUUCUUAACUUCUCUAUAAACACUAACAACUUGGACAGCUCUGAGCCUUUGGGUUUUUCAUUUAUUUUACAAAAAAUCCAAGCAUCCAUUAAGCAUAUUUUCUCACGUGAAACCAGUGCAUCGUUUAAUUUGGAUUUAAUAGAUUUAAUUUUCUUGUUUACUAAACCUAAUAUUGUUAACAUGUAUGCAACCGGUUUUAUAUCUGAUUUAGAUGCAUAUUUAAAUGUUAAACAAAUACAAAAUCUAUAUUUAUUUCUAGAUAUUUGGCAAUUUGGUGAAAUGCUACGUUCAAAACCAUUGAAUAUACCGGAUGUAACAACCCCAACUGGCUCUAUGUUAUCAUUACAACAAGUAAAUCACGGCGGGAGCUUAAUUCCAUGGUGCUUUACUUUAAUAUUCUCUAAUAUAAGAGGGAGAAUAGAUUUAGGUCCUUCAUUAGGUAUUCUUUCAUUAAAUUUGAAGAAAAUAUGGCUUGCAUCCGAUCAUUAUGAAAAUAAAAGACAAUUAUUGCAUAUUUUUACAGAUGUAGUAAAACUUGAAUCAAUAGGAAGAUUGAGUGGUAUUUUUGAGGUUACUGGAGCCUUUUGGGUUGCGGAGGUAAAUUGGAGCAGUAUAACAAGAAAUUCUAAACAUCCACUAGUAGCAAUAUCCUUCAAUAUUGACAAUAUCAAAAUCAAACUUGCUUUUGAUUAUCAUAUAUUCCUAAUUGGUACUAUUGAUAAUACCAAAAUACAUUUACACAGUGAAAGAGACAGGCUUGGUAAUAUGCCUGAUCUUUUGAUUGUAACACUGACAUGUAAUGCCAUUAAUUUGUGUUCAACAGCUUUGGUUGCUUCCAAUUUACUUGAUAUUUAUAAUACUAUAAUGAGAAUGAAGCAAGACACCAAUAUAUCAUAUUUAGAAACAUUAAGAGAAUCUGAUACAGCAGAACUUAAGAAAAAGAUAAAUUAUAGAGAUGUACUAAGGGUAUUAAAUUUAAUACAAACUGAUGUAUCCGUAGAUAUUAAAACAUUUAAUGUGCAAAUAUCACCAAUUUCAUUAUUCAAUAUUGAGGUUGUAGUUAUUAAGAUCGAAAGUAUACUUGCAAGUGUAAAGACACUUUCUGGUGGGAAAGUGGCGACAUAUCUAGAUUUACAGAUAUUAAAUGCUAAGGGAUCGUUAUCUACCUCGAAAAAAGAAAUUGAUGAAGAAACGGUUUCGCGUAUGUCAGUUGAAGAUUAUAUGAAAUAUGCUUCGGAGAUUAAGGGUGGUACCAUUAUUGAUAUCCCAAGAUUACAAGUUAGCAUGCAUACGUGGCAAUCCCAUAAUAGCGAUAUUUUGGAAUACAAAUAUACAAGUACAUUUGGUGAUAAAAUUGCAGUGAGAUGGAAUCUAGGACCAAUCAAUUUUAUCAAAGCAAUGUGGGCUACGCAUGUGAGAGCCUUAGCCGUACGUCGCUCUCAAAAUAUAGGAAAUUUUAACGAAGAAAGUGAAGAUAACAUAGAAAAGAGAAUCAAAGAAGAAGAGAAUUUACUAAAACUUAUCUACAUUGCAAUUGAAGAACCUCGUAUUGAUAUGCCACAGAUAAAAGAUUUAGGUGAUGCAACUCCUCCUCUUGAGUGGUUCGGGCUUAAUAGAAAACACUUUCCAAUGUUUACUCAUCAAUUAGUUAUGGUACCAAUCCAAAAGCUUAUACAUAGCGCUGAAAAAGAAUAUGCUAGUAUCAUUGGUCAUUCUGAGUAA